UUGCACCGGAUUCAUAGAGAUACACUGAGGGUUUCCCAAAAACUCACUGCACUGCGUCGGGAACGAGAUGAGCUUGAAACCAUGAAAGAAUGGUGGAGAGCAAAGGCAGAAGAGGAAAUAGAGGAAGAAGAUGAUGAUGAUGAGUUUAGUCAAAACAGUGACGUUGGAUGGGAAGAGAAGGAUAAAUGGAGAUACAUACUGCAGAAUGCCCUAGAGGAGGAAGAGUCUGUGGCCCGACAGUCUCUUUACGCCAUGGAAUUAGCCGCAAGAAGGGAGGACUGUGAAUGGGAAUGGUGUGUGCAG